AUUACAGCUGUGUUUUGUCAGAAGUCGUUAUUGUACGCUGACCUAAAUCAUGUGGGGUGCUCCCGUCUACCUUGUCUGUCUUUUGGCCACUGCCCGUGCGUUGCCAUUCGACAACAGCAAAUGUAUCCAAGGAAACAAUUGCUCUCUUCCAGAAUGUUUCUGUGCUGAGGUGGUCCCAGGCGAUAUUGAAGGUCACGAGAUUCCACAGAUAGUUGCCUUCGGUUUUGAUGACGCCGUCACCGUCGUUAACUACCCGUUUUACGAACAGUUAUUUCCGGAGAGUCGAAAGAACCCGAAUGGCUGUCCGAUCACCAUGAGCCUGUUCAUCAGUCACGAUUACACCGACUAUGGGCUGGUGAGAAAUCUGUACCUGCGGGGGAUGGAGAUAGCCUCCCACAGUGUCACCCACAGGACACCCACUGAAUUUUGGAGAAACAUUUCCAGAGACGACAUGUUAUUCGAAUCAAAGGAAUCAAAGAGGCUAAUAUCAACUAGAGCCGGAAUCCCCGAAGAAGACAUCCGCGGCUGGAGAUUUCCUUUCCUUCAGCCAGGUGGAGACCUGUCGUUCGAGGUUCUCCAAGAGGCAGGGUACGAGUACGAUGUUAGUCUGCUGACAUAUGGAAUAACCGGAAAUACUCACCAACAAUGGCCGUUUACUCUGGACUUUGGUUUCAUCCCCGCUUGCGUCACCCAGCCAUGUCCCCAGAACUCACACAAGGGAUUCUGGGAAGUCCCAGUUGUACCAAUCAGCGAUCGAGAAGGUAUUUACCCGUGCAGUUACAUCGAUGGAUGCUACUACCAGCCGACAAACAAGGCAGAAGCCCUGGAGAUUCUUAUGAAAAAUUUCGUUGCGAACUACAACGGCCGUCGAUUUCCGCUUUACAUCAACAUGCAUGCUGCCUGGUUUUCAGCUGAUUUCAAAUUGGAUGCAAUGGACGAAUUUAUGCAGACUAUUUUGGAGAACGAUGAUGUCUAUAUCGUCAGUUUUCACAAAAUGUUGGAAUGGGUGCGUAAUCCGACUAAGCUUACCGAAAUUGCCUCCUUUGAGCCUUGGCACUGCAGCCCAAACUGGGGAAUGGUCCAGGUUGUGGCUAUUGCCAUGCUGAUGUUGUUAGUCGUUAGAAGUAAGACCCAGGAAACCUGUGAAAAUGAUGUGAACUGUGUUCUCCCGGACUGUUUUUGCCCUAAGCAGAAUGCUCACAGUAUCCCUGUUACCCCUGGGAGUCUGGAUCCUGUGGACAUUCCUCAGAUUGUUGUCUUCGGCUUUGACGACGCUGUCAAUACACAGAACAUUGACAUAUAUAACAGACUCUUUCCUUCCACACUGAAAAAUCCGAAUGGCUGCCCGGUUUCUAUGACUCUGUUCGUGUCUCACAAUUUCACAGACUACACGAUGGUUCGGUCACUGUACGACCGAGGCAUGGAAAUCGCCGCGCAUAGCGUCACUCAUCGCACACCCACGCUCUUUUGGAAGACAAUUUCGAAGGACGACAUGCUAUUCGAGGCCGGACAGUCCAGGCGGUUGAUAUCAGCUUUGGCCGGGAUUCCACUGCGGAACAUCUCCGGCUGGCGUUCCCCUUUCCUCCAGCUAGGGGGAGACAUGUCGUUCGAAGUGCUAACUGAGCUGGGAUACGAGUACGACGCUAGUAUUCUCGUUUCCGGUACUUCUGGUCGAGCCAGCCAACAGUGGCCAUUUUCACUUGAUUACGGCUUCCAUCUCCGCUGUCAGAUUCCACCCUGCCCUCGGAACCCUGUGCCGGACUUCUGGGAAAUUCCGGUUGUGCCCCUGGCGGACAUGAACGACAGGUUUCCGUGUACUUACCUCGAUAGCUGUUUCUCACCGCCGAAGACGAAGGAAGAAACCUUGGACAUUUUGCUGAAGAAUUUUGUGCGGAACUACAACAACAACAAAGAACCGAUGUACAUAAACUUGCAUUCCUCGUUUUUCUUUCAGGCGGAGUACAGGCUUGAAGCUGUGGAAGAGUUCAUAGAGGCAGUGCUCAGGAUCUGCAAUGCGUACUUCGUCAGUUAUCAACAACUUCUGCAGUGGGUUCGUCGGCCGAUCGACGUCGUCGACGUAGCAACCUUUGAACCCUGGCUAUGUCCGAAUAUAACUGCUGGUAUGAGUUAG